CAGCGGCCGUCCGCCCCACGGCGCCGACGCGCCCUCGCGCCGUCGCAAGUCAGGGGCUUGGUGGCCCGGCUGAGCGCGGGUGUUGCAGCGUUCCCGGCUCCGACGUUCGUGAUACGGCAGUGUAGCCAUGGCAGAACCGCAGCCGGCAUCCGGCGGCCUCACCGACGAGGCCGCCCUCAGCUGCUGCUCCGACCGGACCCCUAGCACCAAGGAUUUUCUGCUGCAGCAGACCAUGCUGAGGAUUAAGGAUCCUAAGAAGUCACUGGAUUUUUAUACUAGAAUUCUUGGAAUGACGCUACUCCAAAAAUUAGAUUUUCCCACUAUGAAAUUUUCACUCUAUUUCUUGGCUUACGAGGAUAAAAAUGACAUCCCAAAAGACAGAGAUGAGAAAGUAGCGUGGGCAUUCUCCAGAAAAGCUACACUUGAACUGACGCACAAUUGGGGCACUGAAGACGAUGAGACCCAGAGUUACCACAGUGGCAAUUCAGACCCUCGGGGAUUUGGUCACAUUGGAAUUGCUGUUCCUGAUGUUCACGGGGCUUGUAAAAGAUUUGAAGAACUGGGAGUCAAAUUUGUGAAGAAACCUGAAGAUGGUAAAAUGAAAGGCCUGGCAUUUAUUCAAGAUCCUGAUGGCUACUGGAUAGAAAUUUUGAAUCCUAACAAAAUGAUAACUAUUAUUUAGUUCUGUGAGAAUACUACUUUGAGAUUUCAGUGGAGACAUUGUGGAAGGUAAAAAAGUAAUCAGUGUGAUUCAGGAUAUUCAGAUAAGAGACAUGUCAUUGUCCCAAUUCAGACUUAUUCUUAGGUCCAUUUCCCUUUCCUGUUUCAGCUAAGUUUUUCACCUAACUGUUCAGUCAUUCUGGUUUUAAAGUAGUGCUUUGUCUUAUGUCCUUGAAUGUAUAGUAAAACUUUACUUUUUCAGUCAAUAAUCAGAACAGUUCCCUUCAGAGGCUGCAUUUGCCUUCUGUCUCCUAAAGAGAUGCAAGUCCACAAGUCUGCCUUUGAAUCAUCAUUUAAAAAAAAAUUUAACAUGUUUUUGUGGUGGUUACCUUGUGGGGUUUCAGUUCCUCAGAAGUAACUUUUCACAAAGGAAAGUAAAGAAUACUGAACAAAAAGGAAACUUCAUGUAUAUUUCAAAUAGUAUAAAGUUUAUUUUGCAAAAGAGAAGUUACUCUUGGGACAAAUUCAGAAUCAUGCUGACAAGGAUGCUGAUAGAAAAACUAAUUUCUUCUUCUUUACGAAGUACUUUCAGAGUUCGAGGACUAACCUCUUUACUUUGGGAUGGAGAGGAGGAUGGGAAUAUUCUCUACUGGGUAUGCAGACACUGGACUAGGUUGUCACAUACUUUAUCUCACUUAAUCCUCCUCACCAUCCUGUGAGAUAGAAAGCAGGUUAGACAUGCAAAAUAACUUUAAUGAAUCCAAGGCAAUAUAAACGGGCUCAAGUACUCAAGAUGUCAUCAUUUUUAGUAUUUAGAUUGUACCUCAAAAAUCAGUACAUCACAACACCUCCUCCACUAGUCUUCUUUGUAAAAACCUUCAGUGAGUUUGAGCAUUGUGCUCUCAGCUCUUGGGCCUGAGUACCACAGUGAGGGAAGAAGCAGUGGAGGAAGUCAGGAGCACACGACUGUUCUGGGGAUGCUUGGUUGUUCCUGUGCGAGUGGUGCUUAUAUUACUUGCAAAGAGUCCCCUACCCCAAGGUCUUCCAGUUGCCAGUAAUCAUUUAGGAUAAAUUACGUUCAGUGAUAACAUAACUUAGUAAUCAGAAGUCAGCUCAGUGAUCUUCCCUGCUGUGAUUGACAUUUGGUUUUUAAAAACCAAACUGAUUUAAAAAAAAAUGAAUUUGAAAAUCUCUUAUGGCCCAGAUAAUAAGAACAUCAAGUUUGUGGUUUAACUACAUUUAGAUUGAUUUAUAGACUUUUGUAGAAGACCUUUAGAUAGGCCGUGCCAACUGUACUUACAGCAGAGGCACUUUACGUUUCCUUUUUGGAUGGAAUGGAUUCAUGUGAGCAGUUCAAACAAAUAACAGUACUUAUAGACUGAAAUAAAAUCAAAUUUUAGAUAAGACUAUACUUAAUUUGCAAGCUUCUGUCUAGCAUGUUCUUUGGAAAAAAGGAAAAAGACUGCCUUCUGGGAGUUCUGCAAGGACUUGAAAGGGCUUGCAAGGCUCAUUCAGAACUGGGAAUAGUUGUAAUUCUAAGGAUAGGAAGGGUAGGGAAUGUGGGAGGAGGAGAGUAAAUAAGGAAUAAAGGUAGGAAAAAUGCAGAGAAGAAGAAAGGGCAAAUAUCAACAGUGAGUUGUGGGAAGUACGAGUGUUACCAAGUUGGACAGUUAUCAUAAAUUCAGUCGUUCAAACCUUAUUUCCACAGGAAGAAGCCUUCUCUACUUGCUAAGUAAAACUUACCAAAAGAUAGCCCUUGCUUAUUUUUUUAAGUUCAUCCCUAUAUGCAUUGAAGGAAUAUUAUACUGUAUCACAGGCUUUGCUUGAGAUGAGGGCAAUUCACUUACUUCUAGAUUAACUUACCUGAGAAGUGGUGAUAUGAAAGGGUGAAACAGAGCACAAGAAGCUUUCUUAUUUUCUGUGAUUGGACAGCAAGACUGUAGCUUACUGUCAGUGUAAAAUAAAUUAGUCUCAUGAACCCUACACCACUGAGCCUGGGACUCAGUUAUAAUACAGUGGUCUGAAUUAAUUGCUGAUGCCUUAGAAUCACGCGUGGCUUCCCCACAUCACAUUCUGACUAGGAUUGCAUACAAUGUAUAUAAAUAUUCCUUAGCAACACAACUGUUUGUGAAGAGGGUUAUAUCAGUAAAGAUGCAUGCUGCUUAUAAUGAGAAAA